AUCGAUAUGUAGGGGAGAUACUCCAGAGUCCAGAACCGGCGUAGUCAUUGUCGGCCGGUCUAUAACAGUCCUGUUUCUUCACUAAGUUGAGGGGAUUCCCCUCCCUCUCCCCCAGUACUUCUGGAGGAGAAUCUCCUUCGUCUAGUGCCCUCAGUCCCUCCACACGCAAUGGCUGAGAAGCCGGAGGUAACCCUCAACCUGACUCCAGCAGCCUCAGGCACUGAUGGGCCGGAGGAAGCCAGCAAUGUAGCAGAUGCCACAGUUUCCGCGACUCAAAACCCUCAAGGGGAUUACCUCACGGGAUGGAGACUGUCGGCGCUCUUGUUAUGUCUGGGAGUGAGCACCUUUCUGACUGGCCUGAAUGAGAGUCUGGUCGCCACAGCCAUCCCCAAGAUCAGCGCGCAUUUCCACUCAGUCGAUAAUAUUGGGUGGUAUAGUACAGCGUACUUCCUAUCUUCCUCUUGUACAAUCCUCCUGUUCGGCAGGUUGUACAACCAAUAUCCAGCCAAGCCGAUCUUGACCGGAUCGAUCGCCUUGUUCGAGGUCGGCUGCCUCGUGAGUGGAACUGCAACGUCGUCCGCAGCUUUUAUCGUGGGCCGGCUCCUAUCUGGCUUCGGUUGUGCGGGAAUGAACACGGGCUGCUUAACCAUUCUGGCUCAUGCCGUCCCUCUUGAACGCCGGCCCAUCUUCUCCGCGAUCAUCGACGGCGGCUAUAGUGUUGCUUCAUCCUGCGGGCCAUUGCUCGGCGGAGCGAUCACCAGUCGACUGUCGUGGCGAUGGUGCUUUCUCAUCAACACUCCCCCUGGGGCCCUGUGUAUUUUGGCCAUCCUCACCGUCUAUCGGGACCGGUACAUCCCCACCGGUCGAUCGGACCGGUUGGUGGACCAGAUUGCCCGCCUUGACUUGGUGGCCACCUCCCUUUUUGCAGCGUCGGUCGCCUGUCUGAGUUUACCACUGCAAUGGGGGGGCAGCACCUUCCCAUGGUCGAGCCCGAAAGUGAUCGCCUUGUUCGUGUUGUUUGGCGUCUCCCUGGCCACCCUGAUCGGCCAUCAACUCUGGCGGGGGGAGGCUGCGAUGAUCCCACGCCGCGUGAGCCGGCAGAGGGAGAUGGUCGGGGCAGCUGUGUAUGCCUUUUUUGUGGGAGGGACGGCCAAUGUCCUCGAGUACUACAUUCCCCUGUGGUUUCAAGAGGUCUGGACCGUGAGCGCACUGCGAUCCGGCAUCUAUACCAUCCCCAUGGUAGCCGGGUUCGUCGUGUUCAGUCUUGUCGCCGGGUUCGGUGUCUCGUAUACCGGAUACUAUCUGCCGUUCAUGUACUUGGGCAGCUGCGCGCUCAUCGCCGGGUCCGCGCUGCUGACGACCAUCCACCCGGCUUCGCACUUGGCCUCCUUGAUCGGCUUCGAGAUCCUGAUUGGCGUCGGCGGUGGUUCGGGCAUUCAGCAGGCGUACCUCGUCGCGCAGGCCAUCUUGACGACGCAAGACGUGGCCAUUGGACUGGCGGUCAUCGUCAUGGCACAGACUUUGGGCGGGACGGUUUUGCUGUCCAUUGCCACCAGUGUGGUUCAGGGUGGACUGGUGACCGCGACCAGCCGCGGUAACUCGCUGUCCAUCAGUGGUGCCAUUAUUCCCGCAUUUUACCUCGCCAUCGCAACCAGUGUGGGCUCCUUGGUGUCUCUGGCGCUGCUCCGAAUGAGGUCCAUCACAGGCGAUGCGAGCACAUCCAAGUAG